AGCACACAGCAUCCAUUCGCAUCUUAGUAACGAGAGUUCUCACAUAUAAAAAAUAAAAAUGUUUUUCAAAACUCUGAUCUUUGCCGCUUUAUUGGCCGGCAUUAACUGCAGAUACAUUUUAAUUGACGAAGAUUAUUUGCCUGAAUUAAUUGAGCAUUCAAGAGUGAGGAGACAAGUGCAGAUAGGAGCUGGCCUCGAUAAUAAGGGGAACUGGGACUUUGCAGGCAAAGUGCCGCUUGCGAAGUCUGAUACUAACAUUCUCAGUGCAACUGGUAUGGCUACGAUGGACCCUAGUCAUAAGCUGACUUCGUAUGGAGCUGGUGUGGCGUUGGAUAAUAUAAAUGGCCACGGACUCAGCCUAUCAGGCAGACAGAUCCCAGACUUCGGGAAGCAGUUGACAGCUGCGGCCAAUUUAAAUGUUCUCAAGACACCUAACCACAAUUUAGACGCGAAUGCAUUUGUUACAAAGAACAUGCCAAGUAUACCAAAUGUACCCAACUUCAACACCUAUGGUGGUGGCGUAGAUUACAUGUACAAGAACACACUUGGAGCCUCACUAGGUGCAGCACGCACUGAUUUCCUUCAAAAGACUGAUGUGUCUGCGAUGGGAAAACUAAAUCUAUUCAAGACACCUACCUCUUCAUUCGAUUUCGGCGCUGGUGCAACGCGAUCCUUUUCACCGUUCAUACCAAAGAGCAGUUGGGAACCGGCCUUUAAGUUUAACUUUAUGAAAUCAUUUUAAAGAGUUAAAAGCUGUAGCAACUAAUUAAUGUUAAAGAGUUGUAUUAUGUUUUGGUUAUAUCCUUUCAUUUUAUUGUAUAGUCUGGACGUAGGGUUAUUAUUGUAAACUUGUCUUAUAUGUAUUUUAAUAUUAGAUUAUAAACAUGUCGAAGCUUAACUAGCCUUACAAAAUGUUUAGGUUUAAACAUUCAUUAUAAGGUGUAAGUGACCAAUUAAAUAAAAUACGUUUUAUAUUA